AUGUCCUGGCCAUAUGCUUUGCACUCAAAAUUUAACCCCAACAACGACUAUACCAUUAUCGACUAUUCCAUGACAGCGCCACUCUUCCCGGACGGGUCUAACUUUCCUUGCAAAGGUUACCAGAACGACCUACCCUUUGAACCAGUGGCCGAGUUCGUUGCAGGCAGCGUCCAUAAUCUGACCUUGGCUGGAUCUGCAACGCAUAAUGGAGGCUCAUGCCAGAUAGCUUUGAGCUACGACAAUGGGGCGACCUUCAGGGUGAUCAAAUCUAUUAUUGGCGGCUGUCCCCUCGUGCCAUCAUACGACUUUACCGUACCGACCAUGGCUCCACCAGGAAACGCCCUUCUAGCCUGGACAUGGCAGAACCUCAGCGGCAACCGGGAAUUCUACAUGAAUUGCGCCCAGAUAAAUGUUGUGGCAGCGGCUGCAAGGCGUCGCCCGAGGCAGACGUACAACACAUUCGACAAUCUGCCUCUCAUAUGGAAAGCUAAUAUGGGAGGAAUAAAUGAUUGCGCCACUAUCGAGGGUGUGGAUGUCGUGUAUCCUCAUCCGGGAUCUUCAGUCACUUAUGGUAACGGACUUAGCGACUCAAGCCCUCCUACAGUUGGCACAUGCGAUGCUGCGAAGCCUUAUGGCAAGACAUAUGACGACCUUGCACUCACUCCUUCGCUGGAAAUUAAAUUCGUCACAUUUUCAUCUACGAUUAACUCCACCAUUUCUACCCCAGCAUCGUAUGCCGCGAGCUCCACCAGCAAAGCCACGUCGAUAAAAGCGACUACCAGCACAAAACGGCCAAGACCAGUUCGAACACGAUCGAAAGCCUCCAUUAGCUCCCAUGCACCUAGAUCGGCGGCGAUGGGCGACUACCCGCAAAUCAAACUAGCAAUGAUGACUACCCCGACGGCAUCCACACUCACAGUGACCAUUGAGGAAGAGUGCGAGACGACCGCUACAAUCACCAUCAACAGACCUUCCCAGAUGCCUGCAGCAUCCACCACAAGGAGUGAUCCACCAGUUGCGAGUCCGCGACCUCCUUACGCGACUGGAGAUCCAAACGGCGCCGAUGGGUAUCUACCAUGCGUACCAGGGACGUUUCUCUGCACAAGCAGGACGACUUGGCAGACUUGCAACUACAAUGAUGGUACAGUUAAGUCAUCUAUGGAGUGGGUUUGGGGUUAUGAAAGGACAGUUGCAGCUGGCAUGGAAUGUCUACCAUUCCUGUCUCCAUAUGCCGAUCACAUGUCCAUGCAACAGAGCAACUCUCCGAGUGGAAUGUAUAGAGAUGAUCGGUAUAUUCGCGCUCGUCCUGAUGGAGAUUGUGCCUCGGAUGGAACCCUUCGAUGUACCUAUGAGGGGUACCAGUUCGACAUAUGCGAUCAAGGUGGCUGGGUUCGCAUGGGGAGUGUCGCAGGCGGCACAAUAUGUCGUGACGGGGAAAUCGUUGCCGCAUAA